AUGAAUAGUAAUAGUAAUAUUUUUAUUCAGCUUUGUUGUUGUAAUAUUGCUUUUGUACAAUGUAGACCUUCUUCUUCUUCCUCUUCCUCUACUUCCUCUUCUUCAUCAUCUUCGUCGUCUACUACUUCAUCGUCUUCUUCAUCAUCAUCAUCAGAGGAAACAUUUAAUAUUAAACAACAUUUAUCAACCAACACACCUUACUGGAUACCAGAACAAUCCAAGGGAUCGCCCAACCCACCAGCACAAUGCACAUUACAGAGAAUUGAUAUGGUUGCAAGACACGGUAGUAGAAUGCCGGUAGAGUCAUCCAUCUAUGACAUUAUUGACUUGGUGCAAGAGAUUAAGCAAUACUCGAGCUCGAUUGCACCCCAGUACAACUGGAUUGUCAAUUGGACUGUACCAUACCCAACCACUGACUCGGGACUCCUCAUCUUUCAAGGAGAGUUGGAACACUACGAAAUUGCCAAAAGAAUGUUGACGAGGUUCCCAGAUAAUUUCCCGGCCUACUCACCAAACACCUACAACACUUCGUGUACAGUGGUCAGCCGUACGUGCAUCUCUGCCAAUUCAUUCCUCUAUGGCGCCUUUGAAGGUACUGGUGGUCUCGGGUCAUCCAACUACCAACCAACCUUUACAUGGACUGCUUCGGCCAAUGAAGACUACCUUUUAAGAUUCUUUGACACUUGUCAAACCUAUAAGGACUUGCCUGUCAACACCCAAAAGGAUCAAUUCCAGGCAAACGUCUUUCCAAACAUCUCGACCAAGGUUGCUGAGCGACUAGGUCUACAAGACGUGUUUGAUAUUUCUCCAUCGGGUAUUGCCACCAUAUUUUCAAUGUGUGCCUAUGAAAUCUCGAUUGAUAACAUUACCAAUCAAUGGUGCAGUCUUUUCGAUCCAUCCGAUAUUGAAGCUUGGGAAUAUUCUCAAGAUUUAUCAAAUUAUUGGCGUAAAAGUUAUGGUAUUCCAAUUAAUUAUCAAAUUAGUUCUUUAUUAUUACAAGAUAUGGUACAAUAUUUUGAUCAAUUUGGUCAUGCCGAAACUAUCAUUCCUUUUGUAUCAUUGUUGGGAUUGUAUAAAGACGAUUACCAAAUAACAGCCAAUCUUUCUCAAGAACAAAUUCAAAGUAGACUAUUCCGUACAAGUGUCAUUUCACCAUAUGCAGCAAAUGUUGCUUUAUUAUUCUAUGAUUGUGGUGAUAAUAAUUAUAAAUUAAGAGUUGAUCAUAAUGAAAUUGCAACAUUGAUUCCAGGUUGUGAUGAUAUUUAUUGUGAUUAUACAAUUUUCAAACAAGUAUUUAGUGAUGCUUUAACAACCUUUAGUUGGGAUAAAACGUGUGCUGCUGGUGAUUCUUCAGACGACACACCUUUAUAUCGAUCCGACAAGGAAUGGAAGAUUUUAAUGUCAAUCUUUGUUCCAUUGUCGGCAAUUGUCGGAUUACUUCUUGGUUUAUUCCUUCCAGCCAUUUUCCGUAAAGUAACCUCUGAUACAAGGGAAUACCAAUCUUUAAAUCAUAAUAAUGCUGGAUUAGUUAAAAUUUGGACCUGUAUUGUUUCCCAAUCAUAA